AUGACAAAUAUAGGUGCUUUAUGUUUUAUCUUGUUAGUCAUCCAAUGUAAUGGUCAACAACAAAUGCCAUCAAACACUAUUCAAAUAUCUUCCAAGCAAACUUAUACCGGUCUUAUACAAUCGGAAGUGUAUUAUAUCAAAUAUCAAAAACCAAUGACAUUUAUAGUUUCUGGUGAAUCUGAUACAUUUUCAAAAGUAACUGGCCUAACUGUUCCAUUCUACCAUAAACAACCACUGCUGUAUGAAAUUAAGUUUGUUGGUACAUGUCACGUUCCACAUAGUAGUGGUGUUCUUUUAUUUGUACGACUGAUGAUCGAUGAUUAUCUUCUUUAUGGUGAUAAAUUAUUACCAAAUAACGUAGAGCGUUAUCAGUUGUUACAGGGAGUAGAUGAUUUGAUUUCUGUUGAUGCAAUUGGUGGUGGACGUUUUGAUCUAUACCUGGUAACAAUGAUUCAAUGUGAAAUGUCAAGUUUUGUUUAUUUGAAUCCGGGUUUACAUGUGAUUGAUGUCGGUGUGAGAGGAAAAAUGAAUAUGCCAUUUCAGGUUAUGGGCGGUGUAUUAAGUAUUAAAUUAAUACAAUAUGAUCGAAAUGCUAAUAUUGGUGUACAACCAGUUACAUGGCCAAAUGUGACGUUCAGAAGUUUUAGUAGUCAGUAA